AUGUCAAAAGAAAAACUUAUUCCUUACUCAGAUUACUUCGACGAGUAUACUGUUGAUAGCUGGCCCUACUCAAGCUUUAUCCGCUACGCUCUUAACAAAAGGUUGCUUCCGUUUGACCCU